CAACGCCACAGUUAUAGGCUUAUAGAUUAAUAUAUUAGCUGUACUGCCGUUUCUAUUAUUAAAAUAACCUAAAUCGAAACAAUGAAUUCUUUUGUCUCCUUGGUUAAGCUAAAAUUCACAUUAAAACCAAUUAUAGGAGGAGUGGAUUCUCUAGAUUAAUAUUCAAGCCUACAUAUAGACUCACCCUCGCUUCUGUUUUCCUCAUCCGGUCAUCUUCAUACCUCUUCAUUCUUCCCAUUCUCUCUUUCGGAUAUAUGGCUUCACCGCAGUGGAUUCUGUUGCUGAGUCUCUUGUUAAUGGUUUCUGGAACAAUGGGAGCUCCCCCUAGGAGGCCUGUAGCGGUCCCAUUCGGGAGAAACUAUAUGCCUACUUGGGCUUUUGAUCACAUUAAGUACUUCAAUGAAGGCUCCGAGAUUCAGCUCCACCUUGACAAAUACACUGGUACUGGUUUCCAGUCAAAAGGAUCUUACUUGUUCGGCCACUUCAGUAUGCAAAUGAAGCUGGUUCCUGGAGAUUCUGCUGGAACUGUUACUGCCUUCUAUUUAUCUUCUCAAAAUUCGGAGCAUGAUGAGAUAGAUUUUGAGUUCCUGGGGAACAGGAGUGGCCAGCCAUACAUUCUGCAGACCAAUGUGUUCACCGGAGGAAAAGGAGACAGAGAGCAGAGGAUUUAUCUUUGGUUUGACCCAACCAAAGGCUACCACGACUACUCUGUUCUGUGGAAUUUGGAUCAGAUAGCAUUCUUCGUGGACAGCACCCCAAUCAGAGUGUUUAAAAACUGUAAAGAUUUGGGGGUGAGAUUCCCAUUCAACCAGCCAAUGAAGAUAUACUCGAGCCUCUGGAACGCGGAUGACUGGGCCACCAGGGGUGGGCUCGAAAAGACUGACUGGUCCAAGGCCCCUUUCAUAGCCUCCUACAUGGGCUUCCACAUUGAUGGGUGUGAGGCCUCCGUUGAAGCCAAGUUCUGUGCCACACAGGGCAAGCGGUGGUGGGACCAGAGGGAAUUCCGGGACCUUGAUUCCUACCAGUGGAGGCGGCUCCGCUGGGUCCGCGACAAGUUCACCAUCUACAACUAUUGCACGGAUAGGGUGAGAUACCCUACCAUGCCUCCCGAGUGCAGGAGAGACAGGGACGUUUAAUUCGUCAUCAGCGGACCGGGACCUUCUAUAUAUUCCCCUUACUAUAUAAGAUCGAUCUUCUCCUUCAGCUUCGACUUAUUGGGUUUGUCUUCAUUCAUUUCUUUCUAGCUCCAUUGCUGGGCUUCUGCAUUGAUAUUAAUAUCGGUUACUUUUUAUGUAGUUUUACUUCAAACAUUUAUUAUCAUGAUAAUAGUAAACCUAUACUACCAGUACAAUAUCAUUUAUGUGUAUCCGAUGCACGUCACUGGCUAUUUGAACGUUUUCGCUUUAGUUCUUAUAUAUUGUUCGGAGGACAAAUAACAUUAUCUUCAUUUCAAACAACCCUA